GGUAUUUGACAUCGGUGCGUGUCCUGGUGUUUUUGAAGCAUGAAAAUCGACUCCCGAGAGCUACCUGACACGGCCGGCAGCAGGUAAGUGAAACAUUCAUGGAUAAAACUUAUUUUUGUAUUACCAUGUAUCAGUAUUCUAUAGAAAAAUGUGAUAGUUAUAAAGCCUGACAGAGAAACUUAGAAGCUGUCAUCUUGGGAGGAAAUACAAAAUGGUAUUUGUUUGUAGUUGUACACCUGCGAUGAUGACUCAACGGUAUUUUUAAUCAGAAUUUGAAAGUGCUGCUGAGCAGCAAUAGCUGCAAACUAUCCUACUUACCUGAAAUGCCUUUAUUGACGUAGCUGUAUAAUGAUUAUUGGUUAUAAAUCCCCAUUUGUAAGGAAUAACACAAGUUGUGUAGUUUUAAAAGCAAUAAAUGUGUGUGAAGAGUCGAGAUAGUGAAACCGAGUAGAUGGUUGACAUUGUUGCCAAACUUGUUGAUCCACUUGGAAUACACCCACUUGAAAUACACACCUGACACUGCAGCACACAAUCACUGGCUGUGUUCAUGUUUAACCCAACACAUGUGCAGUUCACAGCAUGCAGUAUUACUAGUUAUUACUAGGUACUACUACCUCAACUGCUGCGUUAAAUUAACUGCUUUACUUCCAGUCUGGCUGUAGUCUAUUAUUUCAAGGUUAUUUUGUGUAUUCACAAAGAAACCGAGCUUGCAUGCAAAUGUGAAUGGACAGCAAGUAUUUGUUUCUAAAAUCUAGUGGAACUUCUUAAACACGAUUUGUUUUUCCCAUCGGAAAUGAUGUCUAUAAAAAUAAUCAGUUCCAGGGUCAAACUGUCACCAUCAUAAACCCUGUAUUAACUAUACAAGCAAUAUUUUAAGUAACAUUUUAACCUUCUUAACAGGUAUACAAGUGUACUCCAAACAAGUUACUAAUAAAUUACCUCAUAAAAACAUUUGAAUUAAAUAAAUAAUUUUAUUCAAAUGUUAUUAAUAGUAGCCUAUUAGAUCUAAUAAAUAAUUUAAAUUAAAAAAAUAGUCCAUCCAUCCAUCUUCUAUGCCGCUUCUCAUUAGGGUCGCGGGGGUAUGCUGGAGCCCAUCCCAGCUGACUUCGGGCGACAGGCGGGGUACACUCUGGACUCGUCUCCAGCCAAUCGCAGGGCACAUAUAGACAAGCAACCAUUCACACUCACAUUCAUACCUAGAGUCGCCAAAACAUUCAUGUUUUUGGAAUGUGGGAGGAAACCGAAGUACCCGGAGAAAACCCACGAACGCACUAGAGAACAUGCAAACUCCACACAGAAAUGCCCAACGGAGAUUUGAACCCUGGUCUUCCCAAUCUCCUGACUGUGUGGCCAACAUGCUAACCACUAGACCACCGUGACCAGCCAUAAAAAAAAAAAUAAUACAAUGAAAUGAUAAAUAACAUUUCUAAAAACUAUCCAUUGUGUGCAUUGAAGGAAGUCUGUGUUUUUUUUUAAACAUUAUGAAAUAUCAUAGAACUUAGUGUAAUAAAUCUCGAUAAAUUGUGUUCUGACGUUGAAGACGCAUGACAGAAGUAGGAGGUGUGUCUCAUUCACACUAAGUACCGUUUACGUCGCGGUUUACAUGAGGUUUUCCUUUUAUUAUUAGUGUCACUUUAACCAUGUUGUACUGAGCAGCCAAGACUGAGACCCGUGUACCACAAUAAGUGCCAUUUCCUGUUGUAUGGUUAUCACACUUUCCCUCGAACCCCUCCCAAAGUAAGCAAAAGAAAACGGCACAUUUUGCCAGAAAACCAUGAACAAUUUCCAAAUUGUAUGACUUAAGGGACAUUUGAUGGUGGAACAAGAAAUGUUUGGUGCAUUAAAGGCAAAUCUAGUGUCCUUCAUCAUUUACUCAUUAAAAAAAAAACAUUGUCUCCUCCAACAAUGUACGACAUAACAUGAUGUCACUGCACUAGAAGCCUAUUUCAGCUUCAGUUCUUGUCCUCUUACCCACAUUCACUCUUUCAGCGUGGACCAGCAGACAGGAUGAUCCCAGUGGGAGAAUUCCGGAACAUCGGCAUAGAGCAGAACUCAAAGUACCGGGUGCUCAAACCGUGGUGGGAUGUUUUUUCCGAGUACCUGUGUGUUGCCAUGCUCAUGAUUGGAGUCUUUGGGUGCACCCUUCAGGUAACACGUCCUAAAUUAUUAUUUUUAAAAGUAUAUUGGCACUGUUUGUAUUUUUUGAGGCAUGAGACCGGCCUAUCUGAUAGCACAGCAGUCGACCUUCACAACAGCGUGCUUGGCCGUAAAAACAACCUGGAUAUCCACCAGUAUGUCUUCAUCAACCACUAUUGCUACGAAAAGUUUGUGCACUGGUAUGCAAAGUACUUCCCCUACCUCGUGGUGAUCCACACCAUGAUAUUUAUGGUAGCCAGCAGCUUUUGGUUCAAGUUCCCUGGCACAUCCUCCAAACUUGACCUCUUUGUCACCAUCCUGGGAAAAUGCUUCGACUCCCCCUGGACCACGAGGGCCUUGAGUGAGGUUUGUGAGGAACGGAGCGAGGAGAAAUUGGUCAGUUUGAGGAGGAGUACAGUGUCCAAAGAUCCACCAGAGAGACGGACGGACGAGGAAGAGACCACCCUCCUUCAACGGGUUGGUUCUUCAAAGUCUAAUCCAGAUAAGAAAAGUCCAGAGUCUCAGUCUGCUCUAUCUGUGCUGGAUAAGAAGGGAGGAGAGGAGGCCAAGGCUCUGUUUGAGAAGGUGAAAAAGUUUAGAACUCAUGUCGAGGAGGCAGACAUCCUGUACAUCAUGUAUGUCCUGCAAACAUCACUCAAGGUCUUCAAGUUCCUUUUGAUCAUUAUCUACACAGCGGCACUGUCUCCAAACAUUGAGAUUGUGGUGCGCUGCUUGGUUCCCCCUGAGUUGACAGGUUUUGACAUUUAUUGCUGUAACCACAACAAAGCUCAUCUUUUCUCCAAGCUGGCGUAUUGCUACAUCUCCUUUGUGGGAGUCUACGGCUUGUUGUGCAUCUACACCCUCUACUGGCAGUUCCAUCGCCCCCUCAGGGUGUAUUCCUUUGAGCACGUCAGGCUAGAGACGGGCAUCAACGACAUACCCGACGUGAAGAAUGACUUUGCCUUCCUGCUUCACCUGGUGGACCAAUACGAUGACCUUUACGCUAAAAGAUUUGCUUUCUUUCUGUCCGAGGUCAGUGAGAGCCGUCUCCAUCAACUCAACCUCAACAAUGAGUGGACCACCAAAAAGCUGCGUGCCCGCCUCGCUAAGAACGCAAGCGAGCGACAGGAGCUCCACUUGUUUAUGUUGCCGGGGCUUCCCGACACAGUCUAUGAGCUUGCUGAAAUGCAGUCACUCAAACUGGAGCAAGUAAAAAACGUCUUCAUCUCACCCAGUGUGGCCAAGCUGGACAAUCUUCAGGAGUUGUGGCUGGUUUACUGCCAGGCAAAGCUCCAGCUGCCCGCCCUGAACCAUCUCAAAGAACAACUAAAGGUCCUACGACUAUGGUUUGAAGGUUUAGACGAGGUGCCUGAGUGGAUGUACCACCUGCAACGACUAGAGGAGUUACACCUGAAUGGCCCGUUAGCCACCUUGGACUCCCUCCGAGAGCUUACCGCCCUGAGGGUUCUCACCAUGCGCUCCAACCUUACAAAGAUCCCAGCCAGCAUCUGUGACGUUGCGCUGCAGCGUUUGAGCAUCUACAAUGAAGGUAGCAAGAUCCAAGCCUUCAGCAGCCUGAAGAAGCUGACCAACUUGGUGUCGCUGGAGUUGGUGGGCUGUGAGCUGGAGCGUAUCCCAAGUGCUGUCUUCAGCCUGAGCAAUAUGCAGGAGUUGGACCUCAAAGAAAACAAGCUGACAACUGUGGAGGAGAUUCUAAGUCUGCAGCACUGCCAGCGACUGGUGAAGCUGCGGCUGUGGCACAACAAAAUCACCUAUAUCCCGGAUCACAUCAGUAAGCUUCACGCGCUGGAGACUCUGGACAUUAGCUGGAAUAAGCUCAGAAAGCUCCCCAACCGGUUGUUCUACUGCACCAAGCUCAGGCACCUGGAUGUCUCCCAUAAUCAGAUCACCUCCAUCCCGCCUGAGGUGGGCAUCCUGCAGGGCCUUCAGUUCUUCUCCGCUGCUUUCAAUUCGUUAGAGACGUUACCUGACGAACUGUUCUCUUGUAAAAGACUAAAUACUCUGGCUCUUGGGAAUAACUGCUUGUUCGUCCUGAGCUCCAGGGUUGCCAAUCUGACCCAACUGGUCCGACUGGAGGUUAAAGGGAAUCGCCUGGAUGCUCUGCCUGCGGAGAUAGCACACUGUCCCCUGUUGACUUCCAAUGGGCUCAUAGCAGAGGACAGCCUGCUAGAGAUGUUGCCAUCAGAGAUGCGCAGCAGGCCGAGUAACAGCUGAGCUGAAAUCUUACUUCAUUCACGUGGCUUUUCUGAUUUAACACUUAAACCAGAUUUUUUUUGGACUUUCUAUUUACAAAUACAGUCAUGAAAGCGGAACACAAUUCAUUUCAAGUAUCCAUAGGAAAUAACACACAUAAAAAACUGUAAUUGGGUCACUUGAACCAUGUCGUAAAAAUCUAUGAGGGAAGGGAUGAGCUGAAAAUGUUCACAUUUUUAUGUUGGUUUUACAUUCUUAAACUCUGUUUUCUAUUUGUACUUUUUGUAUCAUAUAUUGAUUAUUUAGUAUGUAAGACUUUUUAUAUUUACAUGUUGACAAAGGAGGACAUCCUUUGCACGCUACCACCUGUUAACACUUAACCUGUGCCUUAAAAUGUUCCAAAUUUGAUUAUUUCAAUCAAAUAUGAUUUUUUUUCUAACCAAAUCUUGUAACCAUAUGUGUGUUUCAACAUGAAAUGAGGGGUAGAGUUUGAACUUCAAUCUAUGAAGUAUGGUAAAGAAGGUAGGAUGUCUUCUUUGUUACAACCUGGGCACUUCCACUUUUCUUUCUGCCUCCUAUUGGAUUGGAGUUUGAAAUGAAGCGCUAAUAGUUGGACAUUAGUACUCUGAAAAAGAUCCAGGACAAUUCAUGCAUCAAUUGAAUUCUUAAGUACACAUCAUUCAAAUGCCUACAGUUGUUAAAGUCUUGUACGGGUUUUCCCACAGUGUCGCAUUGCUGCCUUUCACUUCCCAAACAAAUGGAGGUUGACAGUGAAGGGAGCUUAUUUUGUAGCAGAGUAAAAGAUGCCCUUUGUUGAUAUGCCCAGUCCAACUGAGAGAAGACUGAUUCACGCAUACACACACACGCACACACAUGCACAUGCACAUGCACACGCACAUGCAAAUACACACAAAUCAUUAAGUUUAAAUAAGUGGUGAUAUAUUCAUGUCUUCCUCGAGCCCCUUAAUGAAUGAACAAGAUGGAUUUCUUGUUCUGUCUUUUACUACCUCAGUAUUUAAAUGUUUAAAAGACGUGUUGACUCAAACAAGGAGGUCAUUGUUGUUACAUAUUUUACUCUUUAUUUUUCAGAGGCACAUUUAGCAAUAAAAAUGCUGACGGCUCAUUGCUGCCUGCUAUUUUUGAUCAUGAUGUCGUCUCAAACAGGGACUCAGGGUUUUUACUUUGCACACCCAGCUGCAGCACAGUCAUGUUCUGACUUGCUAAACCACGUCAGUUGACGGACAUACCUCACCUUUACAGUACAGGAACACACCUGCACUGCUUCUCGUGCUGUAAACACACAUCCUUUUUCUGUGCACAAAUUAUUCGAAUUCGUUGUGCAUUUUUUGCUACUUUUUAUUUGUAUUUUGUCCACUCAGAAAUUUAAAAUGUUGCAAAGUACAAAAUUGAAAUAAGUAAAAGUACAGGUAUUGUACAAAUAAUCAAAUAAAAUCUAGUUACAAUAACAUAUAAAUGCUAUUUAUUACUUUUCACCACAGGGCCGAACACAAACCUUACCAAGUGAAACCAAAACAAAAACUUAACCCCAACUUUAAUCCUAAUACCAACCCUAAACCUAAUCCUAUCCUUAACCCUAAAGCCAACCCUAAACCUAACCUAACUUGAACCAACACCCAAACCACUAGUCCUAGCCAUAAAACCAACCCUAAACAAACUCCACCCCAAACCCAAUCCUAACCAAAACCAUAAACCUAAUCUAACCUAACUAAAACUAAACCCAAACUACUAAUCCUAGCAACCUAAACUACCUCCAUCCCAAACCAAAACCCCAAUCCUAACCCUAGCCAAAACUCUAAACCUAAAGCCAAACCAAAGCCUAAUCCUAACCUAACUAAAACCAACACCCAAACCACUAAUUCUAGCCAAAACCCCAACCCGACCCCCGUUCCAAACCAAAACCUCAAUCCUAACUCUCACAAAAACCCUAAACCUAAGGCCAACACUAUCCCCUUCCCAACCCCCCCAUCCUACACCUAACCCUAACCCAGCACCAACAUAUUUCAUUUGUUAUGUUCCUGCUCUGACAGGAUGUGACGAGAAGAUGUUGUGUUUCCAGGCAGGUUGCUUUAAGAGGUGAUGGGUAAUGGCUGCAAUAAAAUAAAUAAAUACAAGAGUGAGUCCUGUCUGGUAAAAUUGCAGCUGCUCAUUCAAGUUCGGUUGUCACGGCACAGUUCAAGUUUGGGUAUUUGACUUGAAGUGACAGUGGAAGAGGGGCCAAUCCAGCUAGAACAUUGAUCAAGCAGCCUCUUGCCAUUACUUUAUGGUUGAAAAAUGUCAUAUUGGUUUGAAAGUGAGACACUACAGAGACCUUACCAAUGAUGUGAGGCUCACGGCUGGUGAGCCACGGUCUCCUUUGUUUUUUAAUGUUAAAAUUUCACUUUGGUUAAAACAUUUGUUUUCAAAUGCUUCUUCGUCGCAUUUACUCACUUUUUUAUAAACUGAAAAACAUUUGUGGUCUUAUCUUUUUUUGGAUAUGAAGUAGAUGCGUCGGGAAAAGCUCUGAUACUUGGUUGUAAAAGUCCGAUCAACUUCUGUCUCACGCAUGUAAGCUGAGAGGAGAGAUUCCCCUCAGUCUCAUCUCAGCCUUCGGCCCUGUAUUUGAUCAGGUAGUGUGCAAAUUAAUAAAUAAAUCAGAAUCGUGCAGAAAAUACAUUUGUAACACAACUCAACAAACAAAUAUUAAAAUAAAUUUUAUGAUAUUGUU